UGACCAGAAAGGAACUGGACACCAGAGCUGCUUCCUCUGGGGAAGGAGGCUCCGUGACACAGCCAAGGCAAGAGAGGACCACGGAGGGGCUGGAUGGAAAGCAACACAUAUCUGAUUGGAAGUCGGAAGACCUGGGACUCAACCCCAGCUUUACCACUGACUAACUGCAUGGCUUUGGACAAGGGCUGGAUGGGAAAGGAAGAGAAGAAUGGAAGAGGAGGUGGCCAGAGUUUCCUCUCUUGCUGACUUCACACCCAGAAUCUGAAAAGGAAGGGAGGGCCUAAUAAAUGUGACACUUGUGAGGACUGUACCAGACGGGCUCAUUUCUUCCCUUUGGGUGACCCAGCCUACAUCCUCACCAUGAACACCUCAAGCUAUCAAAAAUGGGAAGACCAUGACCAUCCUGAUUUGGACAAGUCCCAGCAAGUUGGGAGCUCAUGUGGCACAGGCUAUUGGAGGAAACUGUUUCCCAGAGAUCUGCCCUCGAAAUCUGUCUCCUUGAUGCUAGCUGUGAUUCUACUUCUGUGGAUUCUCCUCAUUGUGGUGCUGGUCAAGGGCUCAAAGACUUCCCAGGAGCUGAAUCAGCUAGAAGAGGAAGUGAGAACCAAUGCUUCUAUCUGGACGAAGGAUGUGGGGGAGCUAAGAGAGGAUGUAGCCGUUGCCAGGAGAAAUGGCUCUGCCUUGUGGACUGCCUUGGGGAACUGGGAGAAUAAAGUGAGUGAAUCCCACGGCCAACUGCUCAAGCUGGAAAGUGAACACAAUGAAUUCAGCACCAAGAUGACUCAGGCACUGGCAGAGGCUGGGAAGGACCGACAAGACAUUCGCAGUGAGAUGUUCCGGGCUGUGGCUGCUGUGAGAAGUGGGAACAGCUCCUGCUCCCCAUGCCCUGAUUCCUGGCUGGCCUUUGAGGGUUCUUGCUACUUCUUCUCCACCACCAAAGCUCACUGGGACCAGUCACAACAGAACUGUGCCCAGGUGCAGGCACACCUGGUUAUUGUGAACAACCUCGAGGAACAGACCUUCCUGACCCAGAACACCAAAGGCUUGGGUUACUGGAUUGGACUCACAGCAACUCGUUCCAGAGGAAAGGUUAAUGGGUACAUGUGGAUCGAUGGUACCAAACUCACUUUCAGCUACUGGAAUGAAGGGGAGCCCAAUGAUUCAAGAAGGAAUGAGAACUGCAUCAUGAUGCUUUACUCGGGUCGAUGGAAUGAUGCAUCCUGUAACAACCUCAAUGACAACUGGAUCUGUGAGAAGAGGCAGCAGUGUUGAGAUGAAACCUACUGCCCAACCCUGUUCUGGCACAGAGAAGGGACAAUAAAAAUUUUUCUCUUCCCCCCACAUA